UUGCCAGAUAAUUGUGCUAUUUGGGAUUGUUUUGUUCUUUUCUGUUCUCGUUUGUUGUAAUAAUAUUUAUAUAUCAAUAGAAGGAUCAUUUAGGUAUAUACAAAGGGUUGUAUAUAAGCAAUUGUUUUAAGUGGUUCAUUUCCUUUCUCAUCAUUUCCCAUGGCUUAUUUGCUAGAAGUACUUAACAGUUUGUGUUUUGGGUGAUGAGUGAAAAAGGACAAGUAUCUAAACAUGUUUAAUUUGUAAAUUUUUGCACUAUCGGAAACUAUGGGGAAUAUCUCGCUUCAUGCAGGAUUAAUUAUUUUUAUCGCCUUUAAUUAUUUUGUUUUUCUUGUCUUCCGCAGUUGUGGUCAGUAAUUGACUGAUCUUGAAUAUGUUAUCAUCCUAGUGAUUACAUGUUUUGAAUUUGAAAUUAGAUGUCAUUACUAUGGUCAGUUAGUGCUCCAAUUACGGUUAAUGGUUUUAUCUCAAAUUGCCGUUAUUUUUGGUACAUAUUAGGUGACAGAGUUCACUGUUCACAGUGUUUGUUUUAUUUUUUUCUGAGAAAAACAUCAAGGGAAGAUUGGGAAUAUAAACUGAGCAGGAGUGAAUAGCUGAAAGUUUGAUGUUUUAUAUGCUACAUGGAUAAAUGAUUCUUGGGAUACAGCUGGCAUGUAUUGAUUAUAUAUAAGGCAGUGAGAUGUUGGCCAUUUAUAAACAAAUAUUUCAACAUUAAUCAGUUGUGUUAUUUUCUUGAUGUUUGUGGAUAUACGGCAUCAGAUUAAAUUCUGUUUUAUCAAAUUGUAGAUUAAAGUUAGGGGUUUUUAGUUAAUAGCAAGUUUUGUGACAUCAGUCUAUAGAAUAUUUAUUUUAAGAAGUGCUACAUUUGGAUAUUGUGUUACUCCUACUUAAUCAGUUGCAAACUUGAAUUUACUGUUAUAUUAAUUUGAAGAUUUUACAAGUGUCAUCAUGUCGGAAUCAUCUGGGGUAGUAGUUACUUUACCUAAGACAAAAAUUCCAUGGAUACAUGUGAAUUUAGCGGAACUAAGGUUAGUGAGGAGCAGACUACAAAAUGAAGACUCCAUAACAUGUAGAAAUGUUAUUGAAGAAAGUAGUAGUGAUGAACAGUCAGAGGAAGAGAGGAGCGGAAACAGCAGUCCAGCAAAGUCACCUCAGUCAGACGGUGAUAACAAAAAUGACUUCACGACACCUGGACAGGGGCUCGUGCAGGGUCCAAGGUCCGGCGACAGGUUUCAGGUAUCAGACAGAUUUGCAAAAUCUCGCUCUGUCAUGAUAGAAAAUCUGCAUUUUAAUGCUCCGCCAAUCAACACAGGACCGCCUCCUCCAAAAUCGGCAACUUUGCCGCCAAAUUUCACGGCACCCAUUCAUGAAGAUCUUUAUCUAGACGGCGGGGGUAGCGGAAAGUCUCACUGCAACGAUAAUCAUCACCCGCAGACUGUAUUUCAAACUGUAAAUAUUAACGAACCAAUUGAAGGCUGGCUGAAUAAAUGUAAAUUUGUGAAUGGAAAAAAGCCAUCGAAAAAGUGGGCAAUGACAUAUGUGAAACUUGGUGGCUCAAACCUUGUGUUCUACAAAGAUCAGAAAUCCUCCCAACCAAAACAGGGUGCACCUCAUGGGAAAUAUGACCAGCUUGUGUCCCUGGCUACAUGUAGUGUUGAUAAAGAUACAGAAAAAUACACCAGCAAGAAAUACACUAUAGGAAUUACCUGUUCAGAUUGUCAGAUAUUGUUACAAGCGGAUGAUGAGUCGAAAAUGCAGGAAUGGUUCAUGAAAAUACAUACUAGAAUACAAGAGUUGGGAGGCAGCCCAGAUAUACCAAGCUCAGGUCAGACAAGUACAAAUGCACUAACACCAGAACCUGACAAAGUUAGCAGAAAACCUUCAUUUAAAGAUAGAAGUCACAGUAGAAAACAGUCAGAUUCAGGAACUUUAGAAAGGAAAGGAAAAAUUAAGAAUGUUUUAGAGAGGUUUAUGAGCAACAGAAGUGAGAAGGAGAAACUCAUCAAAAAGGGUAUUUAUAAAGAUGCUGUGUUUGGUUCUGAAAUCAAACAGUUGUGUGCCAAAGAAAAAACAAAAGUGCCAAUGUUUGUUGUCAAGUCAAUAGAUGCUAUUGAAAAAAGAGGUUUGGAGCAUGAAGGUAUAUACAGAAUAGGUGGAAAUAUAUCACAGAUACAAAAGUUACGAUGUAUGGUUGAUCAAGGAGAACAGUAUGACCUAGAUGAUCCAAUGUGGGAUGUGAAUGUUCUAGCUGGGACGUUAAAAUUGUUUUUCAGAGAGCUCAAAGAUCCAUUGUUUACUUAUGCUUUAUUCGAUAAAUUUCUCAAACAUUUUUUAAAUGAAAAAGCAUCGGAAAGAUUGAAAGGAAUUAAAGCGACUAUAGAUGAAUUACCAAAGCAGAAUUAUGAAACUAUAAAAGUUCUCUUUAAGCACCUGUCAAAAGUGAAAGACCUUUGCAAAGAGAACAAGAUGGGUUCCCAUCAGCUGGCAAUCGUUUUUGGACCAACUUUGAUAUGGCCAGAGGUCCAGCAUCAGAACCUAGCAACAAGCAUGGUUUACCAGAGUCGAAUCGUGGAAUACACUCUCCUAGAAUAUGAAAAAAUAUUUAGAUGAAAGUUAGAAAACCUUGCAUAUUAUGCAGUAUAUGUAAUAUUUGAUCCCAACAGUAUACAAUGUAUCAUGUUGUAUGUAAUGAACAACCAUUUAUAGUGGGUUUCCAUACACACUGUGAACAACUAUGUAUACACAGAAUGACAUUACUUCUGCAUAUACGUAAAUGAUCAAAAUUAUUUUGACAGUUUCUGCACAGUCUCUGAACAUGAAGCGGUUACAUCUCUUUAACUUGUGACAAGAAGGUGACUACAUCUCAACAGUUUCUGUUAAAUCCCUUGCAUAGAACUUGGCUAUAUUAAUGUUAAGUUUUGCCAUGAACUUGGCUAUCUUGAUAAGCUGAUAGUUUUUUCUAAGGAUCUUGCGUAGUGCUUGCCUAUCUUGAUAAGCUUUGUUUCUUUUUGUGGCAUAGAAUUGAACUAUCUUGAUAGACUUGCAGUUCUUUUAAGGUCAUGUCAUAGAACUGGGCUUUCCUGGUAAGCUGACAGUUUCUGUAAAACCCCUUGCAAAGAACUGAGCUAUCUUGAUAAAUUUCAUUUCUUUUAAGGUCAUGUCAUAGAAUUGGACUAUCUUGAUAAACAUGACAAUGUUUCCUACACUCUGACUUUAAAAUAACUAAAUUUGGUUAUUCAGCCAUAUAUUACAGCUUUUCUUUUUGAUGUAACUAGAUGUUAUGUGUAUAGGCAGAACUAAAUGAUUUUGUUAAUAGUUUUUAUUCUCCAGAAAGUACUACAGUAUCAUAGCAUACAGUUUAAGUUUUGAUGGUUCUUAUUGUUUGAAGACUGUCAGAAUGUUGCCUAUAUUUCUCUUACUUGUAGCCCCAUGUGGUUCUGGGACGAUCUAUGUAUGAAAAGAAUUGGAACCACUGCCUUACUCUUGCAUGAUCGUAAGAGGCGACUAAUAGGGUCUUAACACUUGAUUUUGCUGUAACUCUGUGAUUCCAGCAGGUAUGCAAAUUUUGAUUCCAUACCUCGUGUUUUUAUUUCAAUAUAAAUGAGAUGUGAAACCAAAAUUUGUAGUCCUGUGGCGCCAUAUAACCUAUACUGUGUUGGUAUGCCGUAAAACCCAAAUAAAUAAAUAAAUUCUCUUACUUGUAAGGUUUUAAUGCAUAUUUUCUAUAAAUUGUGAUUUUUCAGUUUGAAGUAUACAGUCAUUUAAUUUUGGAAAAACACCACAACUGUACUUUCAUUAGUGUAAUAUUGAUGUACUCAGUGAUUUUCAUUAAAUUUCCCACUGUAUAAUGAUUCAUUCUCUGACACAUGUAAAACUUUUAUCAUUCCAUCAUAGACCUUUGGUGUCAUUGAUACAAAAAAUGGCUCUGCUUUUAACAAACUACUGAAGUUAACAUUUUAUCUUUUUUCGCCAUUAUGGAGACUGUCAUAUAUGCACAACCUUGUUGAGUUUAGCAUACAUGUAUGUUCUUUAGUUUAUUUAUAGUUUCCAUCAGAAAAAUUUGGUCAUUUGAGGUGUUGGAAGAGAGUGGAAGAUACAGAUGUUCCAAAUUUAAAACUUCACGUAAUACAUGAACCUCUAUAAGGCAAAACUGAAAGGCGUAUUGUAGUCGUAUAAGCUACCACUGGUUUCAUAGUCCAGAAUUUUUUCACUGCAUCUUUGUUUGGGUUUACUGAAACAUACUGGUUUAGUAGUACAUGUACAAACAUGCCCAUAUUCACUAUAAAACAUUCCAGGUUUCAUAUUCCUCAUAAUGCUUUUUAUAUAUACACACAAGAUUCUGUUUAUUAUAACUGUACAAUGCAUUAUUGAGGUCUAGGGUCCAAUUGAAUGAGUUUGUUUAAGGAGGAUCCAAUUAGAUACUGUUGCAAGCUCCAAAAUGAAUGGAACAUGUUAAACAUUUGUGAUUUGUGAAAGACUACUGUUAAUUGCUUUGAUAUCUUUACCUCAUUGCAAAAAAAGAUUAGUGCAUUGAAAUAAAGUACCACUUAUCGAGUUUCUGUGCUGAAGUGAUGGUGAGUGCUGAUGAGUGAUGAUGAGUGCUGAUGAGUGCUGCAAAGCACUUGUAGAACUAGAGGUGUGACCAGAAACAAAUAGUUAAAAGUCAGUAAUUGUUUGUACUGUCUUCUCUUUUUGUGCAAAUUGGCAUGGUUCCAAAGUAAUUGCCAUUUGGUCCUGAUGAUUAAUUGUUUAAUACAGACUGUGUGAAGACAACUACGAAGACAUGUUUGACUUGUGUCAGUGGGAGACAUUUAACCAGAAAUUAACUAAAGAUCCCUUAAUACACAUAUCAGUAGGGCAUUGUAGAACAUUCCAGCGUUAAUAUUUUUUUUAUUUAUAAGGAUUUCAAAUGUAUUUUUGUAUGGAUCAUCUUAUUUAAAUAAUAUCAUUCCUUUUUGUGGCAAAAUCGUUUAAAUUCUUUUUAAAAAACGAUGCAGAAACAUGUUUACAUGCAAUUACAAUGAUUAAAUUACAUGCAAUUAUAAUGAUUAUCCCUUACCCUGCUAAAUUUCUGUAAUGAACUUGUCCAUCUUUCAAUUUGGACAGUACCAUUGACUGUUUAAAGGGGUGCUUAUGAAAAAGAUACUGGCUGAAUGGCGAACAGUGCAGACCAUGAUCAGACUGCACAGAUGUGCGUGCUGAUCUUGGUCUGUAUUAGUCGCAAAGGCAGAAUCACUUGCUGCCAGCAGGCUAAGGGUUAAAUUAAUGUUUUUUUGUAUUCAUGCAUGUGUCAACUCUGUCUUUAACACAUAUAACAGCAGGGUAUAUAAUUAUGUAUAUGCUUGAACACCAGAAAAAAGUUAAAUCUUAAAAUAUUUGCACCAUUAACAUAUAUAGUUGCAUCAUUUUCAUAAUGAAAGUUACGUUAAUCAUAUCAGACACAUAUGUUGUACAUAUCCAUGUAAGUUGUACUCGUUAAUAAAAUGAAAAUAAGGACAAAAAGUGAUUGUAUUUCUCGUUUAAUUAAGAAAUAAAGGUCUCCUUCGAUGAGACAGUUUAUACAUACUUUAUGUUAAUUUGAGGUAAAUAAAAGUGUACAUUUUGUGGGAAAAUGUGUAUUUUUUACUUUGAUUGAAACUAAAGUUCAUUAAACUUCAUUUUGCAUUGGUUUUAAUUGAAGUCAGCAACAUAAAAUAAUAUUAACUUUUUUUUCAAAAUAGUCUUUUCAUCAUUUUCAUGUUCAGUUCAGAUAUUUUCUCCUUUCCUACAAAUUUGUCUGUCGCAUAAACCAACCCCCUCACAGUUUGGAGCGCAGUUUCUCAGCAUGUAAAUUUGAACCAAGGUUCAUACUCUAUAUACAUGUGAUACUGAAACAUGAUAAAGUGAGUAAAAUAAUGUUGAUAAUCUCAAAGGGGUUACUAUGAAUUAUACCCAACAAGUUUUUUCUUUUGUUCUUUAUUUGCAAAAGUAUGUCAGUAAGUUUGUACCACUUUCAAAGUACCCACAUUAUAUGGAUGUUUGAGAGAUAAAAAUUUUGCCUAAAAUGUGUACAGGUGGCUUUAAAAACUAGAAUACUUCAGUAUGUCCUUACCUAAAUCGAAAGAAGAUUAUAAAUGAACUUUCUUAAACAAUGUUUUUCAAGGUAUAUGAAUCAAACAGUUGUUUUCCAUCAUGUGUUUCUGUUAACAUGUAUGUUUCAUCUAUAGAUUAAUAACUGUGUUCAUAAGAUAUUUUUCAAAAUAUUACUAUUGUGCAGUAGAAGUUGGUGUUCUUGUUACAUUUUUCCACAAGAAAAAUGGCAUUGAUUAGUGGUGCAUGUCUUUUUUGCCAAAUUAAUUGUUGAGAAUUUUAUAUUUGUAAACUUUGUAACAUAGUUUCUGAAAUAUAGCGACUUUGUUUUGUUAGACAAUAAAGUAGAAUAUAUUCUUUGAUUCGAGAUUGUAUCGCUCAAGUAUUCAGCGUAAUUUUAGGAGCAUGUUUUUUUAUCAAUUUCUGAAGUAUUCACUUUUAACACCAUUAUAAUGAUUAUUAUUUCAUACUUGUUUAAAUUUAACCAAUAGAAUGCUUUUCUUUCAGUCACAUGAUGAUACAAUAGAAACCAGUAUUGUACUGUGUGAUUUAAAAUAUAUUCACGGUCUUAUAUAUAUAUAUAUAACAAUGUCCGAAAUCUACAGCCCAGAAAGGCCAUAUUUCUUUUCUUAUUGGACGGGACCUUCCAGUUCAUUAAUACAAGGAGUCGAUCGGGAUUACUUUCCUUGUGUAAUGCAUUUCUGCUGCAGACACCAGUAAAAUGAAAAAUAAAAGCUGGGAUAACUUUCUUAUUUCUGAACAAAACAUAUAAGUGUGAGUAUUCAGUUUCUGAGUUAGAACAUUUCCUAUCCGAUGAUCAUGGUUUCAGUUAUAUCAGUGAUGAAAAGUUGUUGGGGGUUUUUUUUGAUGCUGGAGUAAAAAUGAUAUCUAACAUUAGUAUACAUAUUCUGAGAGAAAAAUUUCAACUUCUAAUGUUUGUUGUAUCAGAAAAUGGUUCCAGUCGUCAUUUAAAAAUCCUGUGUGGAUAUUUGCUUUUCUGUCAUUCCUUUUUUAGCUCACCUGUCACGAAGUGACAAGGUGAGCUAUUGUGACCGCUUGAUGUGCGUCGUCCGUCAACAAUUUGUAAAAAAGUCUUCUUGAAAACCACUGGGCAGAAUUACACCAAACUUCACAGGAAUGAUCCUUGGGUGGCCCCCUGUCAAAAUUGUUCAAAGAAUUGAAUUCCAUGCAAAACUCUGGUUGCCAUGGCAACCGAAAGGAAAAACUUUAAAAAUCUUCUACUCAAAAACCAGAAGCCCUAGAGCUUAGAUAUUUGGUGUGAAGCAUUGCCUAGUGGACCUCUACCAAGUUUGUUCAAAUCAUGACCCCGGGGUCAAAAUUGACCCCGCCCCAGGGGUCAAUUGAUUUUACAUAAGAAAAUCUUAAAAAAUCUUCUAUUCAAAAACCAGAAGCCCUAGAGCUUAGAUAUGUGACAUGUAGCAUUGCCUAGUGGACCUCUACUAAAAUUGUUCAAUCAUGACCCCGGGGUCAAAAUUGACCCCGCCCCAGGGGUCACUUGAUUUUACAUAGGAAAACCUUCAAAAAAUUCCUAAAAAUAAACCAGAAGGCCUAGAGCUUAGAUAUUUCACAUGUAGCAUUAAUUGCCUAGUAAACCUCUACAAAAUUGUUCAAAUCAUGACCCCACCCCAGGGGUCACUUGAUUUUACAUAGGAAAAUAUUAAAAAAUCUUCUUCUCAAAAACCAGAAGCCCUAGAGCUUAGAUAUUUGACAUGUAGCAUUGCCUAGUGGACCUCUACUAAAGUUUUUCAAAACAUGACCGGGGGUCAAAAUUGACCACGCCCUAGAGGUCACUUGAUUUUACAUAGGAAAGUCUUCAAAAAAUUUCUAAAAAUAAACCAGAAGGCCUAGAGCUUAGAUAUUUCACAUGUAGCAUUGCCUAGUAGACCUCUAAAACAUUUGUUCAAAUCAUGACCCCCCUGGGUCAAAAUUGACCCUGCCCCAGGGGUCACUUGAUUUUACAUAGGAAAAUCUUCAAAAAAUUUCUAAAAAUAAACCAGAAGGCCUAGUAGAUCUUAGAUAUUUCACCUGUAGCAUUGCCUAGUGGACCUCUACAAAAUUUGUUCAAAUCAUGUCCCGCGGGGUUAAAAUUGACCCAGCCCCAGAGGUCACUUGAUUUUACAUAGGAAAAUCUUUAAAAAAUUUCUAAAAAUAAACCAGAAGGCCUAGAUCUUAGAUAUUUGACAUGUAGCAUUGUCUAGUAGACUUCUACAAAAUUUGUUCAAAUCAUGACCCCGCCCCAUGAGGUUACUUGAUUGUACAUAGAAAAAUCUUCAAAAUUUUCUAAAAAUAAACCAGAAGAGCUUAGAUAUUUGACAUGUAGCAUUGCCUAGUGGACCUCUACAAAAAAAAUUCAAAUCUUGACCCCCCAGGGUCAAAUUGACCCAGCCCCAGGGGUUACUUUAUUUUAUGUUACUAUAAAUAGCUUAUUUAUUAACUUCUUUAUUAUUGGCCGUAGGGAAAAACCGAGACCACUUUUCUGUGGUACAACAUGGAUGGUACCUCCAAUUUUUUGGUGUAUUUUGACAUAUCUGUACCUUAUAGAAAAUUUCAACUAUAUUUACUCAUGAUUCUUUUGAUUGAUCUUGAUUAUGAUUUUUUGACCUUCCUGUCCUGAAGUGCAAUGAUAACAGGUGAGCGAUAUAGGGCCAUUAUGGCCCUCUUGUUUAUUGUUAUGGUAUGAAGUAAGGCAAUUUAACAGUGUUGACUAUAAUACUGAAUCCAGUUGGACUUGUACACAACAGUAGACUGAAUCCAGUUGGACUUGUACACAACAGUAGACCCGCCGUUACAUGACUGAAAUACUGUUGAAAAACGGCGUUAAACCCAAAACAAACAAAACACAACAGUAGAAACCCAAUUUGGACAAGGUAUUACUGCUGUAUACUCAUCCAAUAGAAUUCAGUAUGGUACUCAACAUUGUUAAACUGCCUCAGGGUCAGUGUUCAUUGGUGUUUUAAAUAUACAGUGAAACACCGCUCGCUCGAGCAUCGAUGACUCGAAUACCCGGGCUCGCUCGAGCAAUUCAUUUGGUCCCGGCCGAUUUCCUUCUAUUUUCUAUGUGAUAUUACCAUGGCUGGGUCGAGCAUCGAUAACUCGAUCGCUCGAGCAUGACAACUGGUCCUUGUGUAUUAAUUUACUCUUUGUUGCUUCUGGCUGACUCGAGCAGAGGUGUCAAAAUUUUUCACACCUUCGGCAGUCAGAAUGUAUCGGUUGAUUAAACAUUUUCACACACAUUGAGAAUUGCGAGUAUAUUCCCAGACUAUCUUAAAUGUUUGUUUGCCGGUAUAUUUGAUCUUAUGAUGAGAUUAAUUAUCGAUAAAAGCUUAAAGAAAAGUUUUAUUGAUGAAAUAUCGAUCAAUUACUGAUAAAGCAUCUUUUCUGCGGGAUCGAGAAGAUAGUUAUUAGAUCUUAGUAUUUUAAUCAGCAGUUGUUUGCAUGCAAAUGAAGGAAAUAAUAUAGCCGUUUCAUAAAAUUGAGACGAUAAUUAUGAUAUGCAUUUGCUGAUGAAUAAAAAAAAAAUCUUAGUUGUUUCUUCACAUAUGCCAUUUACAAAUUACAUAUUGUAACGUCUAUCAAUAGAUAACGUUUGUUUUUUAAAAUAUCACUUGUAUGUUAUUAUUACGCAUCACCGUUUACUCUGCAAACGGUCCCGAUGACAAUUGGUAAAACAAACAUUAGUUUUCUUCGUAGUGAAAAUACUAUUUUUAUUAUUCACUUGUACUGACUACACUUAGAUGCGAAAGAAUAUGAAUUAUAAAUAAUCAGAAAUUCUUUGCAAACUAUACUUCAGUACAGAUAGUGGUGUAUAUAAAUACCUACAUGAACGUAGUGAUAUACAUUCCAUGAUAAUAAAAUGUUUAAGAAAUCUGGAAACUUCAUAGAACUAUUUGACAAUUUUUCAACAUAGAUCUCAAAACAUCAUGACACUUUGACAACAUGACGCAAUGCAUGUGACACUGAACAGGUAAAAUAGAUAUAAGUUGUUAAGAACCAUUAAAAUUAUUAAAUAGAAAGAAGAUUUUUUGUUUUAAUUGUAAGAUAGAAAUAUAUUUCACUCAUGAACACCAUAAUUUACAUUUUCACUUGUGGCUGUGCCACUCAAGAAAAUACUGCAUAAUGGUGUCAACUUGGUGAAAUAUAUCUCGUCUUACACUGACAAACAAAUAUCCUCUGUAUAAUUCAAGGUUGGUAGUUUCAUGUUGUUAGUACAUGUAUUUGAAAAUUUAAUUGCAAGUUUUUCAGUUUGUUGCAGUCCUGUCAUUCAGUUGCAGUAGGUUAAGGGUUUGUUUCCUUUUUUCCUCCAUUUCUCUCUCUGUAUAUAGCUUACAAAGAAUGAUCUAUUGUUUUCCAUAAAUAAGUUAUUAAUCAUUGUUACUUACUUAUGAAGUGCUCACAAAUCUUGUUGAUAUAUCAUUCCUGUUAUAUAGUCUAUAUGUUAUAUUGUACCCUAUGUUUAUACAUAUUUGUUAAGCACAUUUUGAUGAAAUUGUUCAAUCGAAUAGACAUAAGCAGAAGUUUGAUAUGACAUUGUUUCAUUGCCGGAUAUCCACGAUUUCAGGAUCUAUGAAUAUUCAUCAGGUUAUGACGGAUACAGCCCCCAUGUUUGACAUGUGUUGCACUUGGUAUUACUCUGAUGUACUUAUAGGUCAUGAGUUUUGUAUCCAGAAAUCUGCAUAAAUUCUGUUGGGGAGAUAUUGUGUGACUCUAGAAGUUAAGUAUUAUUAGUUCCCUACAAGUGGAACACUAGAGGGGACUAUAGGAAUGCCCUCAGUCCGUCUGUCCGCCCGUCCACAAGCCUUGAUCCUGCAAUAGCUCAAAAAAGUAUUCAACCUAGGUUCAUAAAAUUUGGUAUGUGAAUAAAGGGCAAUAUGUAGAUUAUGUACAUGACUUACGCUUCUAGGACAAAGGUCAAGGUCACUAUUGAAGGUCAAGUAAAAAUUGUUUCCGCUCGUUAACUUUUAUAUGCAUUGAUGGAUUAUCUUAGUACUGCACACAGAUGUUUCCCAUGAAGAGACAAUGUGUCGACAAUGUGUCGUAUACAUGGUCAAGAUACUUGAAUUUUAAGGAAAAAAUAGUUUUUGUUUCUUAGCUCAUAAAUGCCUUUAAGCAUUUUUAGUCCUAACACUGUUGCCAACAACCACAAGAGACAAACACUAAAUUUUCCUCCGGUAAGGGACUUCUGUAUUGCCACUGCAAUACUCUGUCACUUGUUCUUCUAAAACAAGUGCAUAUUUGGUGAUGCAAAACCAAAAAUUGUUUUAUUACAUACACAUUAACACUUGUAUAUGUUACAGGUCUACAUUAGUUUUGAUCAUAUGUGGGAGAAAAAUUAAAAAUAUUAACAUUUAUUAACUUUUUAAACGUGAAAACUCACAUUAUGUGACAUCACACACCAGUAUGAAAUUUAUUUGUAACAGUUGUCACGGAAAUACAUUGAUGUUGAAGACUUCGUUUAAGUUAAAAUUGGAGUUUAAAAAUGAGUAUGUAAUAAAUAUUUAUGUUUUAUGAAAUUUGUACUGUGUAAGAUUAUACAUAUCCUUCAGUCAGAAACAGGCAUAUAAUUACAUGGAAAUAAAUAUCAAAACUUAAGUUUUCAGAAUAUAUAUAUAUAUAAAUAGUUGAUAUAUGUAUAUGUGUGUGUUUUUAUGAUAUGCACUCAUUAUUGGUUCUUGUAUACAGAAACUGACUCAAUUCAUCUUGGAAAAUGUAACCGAAAUAUGUAUUGAGAGUUAUGAAAAUAAUAAAAAACUUUUGUUGAAAUAUU